AUGCACUUGAUCAAACCUACACUAAAAAUAAUAUCCUUAGCAAAUUUUAGAACUAAGAGUAACAAUACCAAUAGUAUUAGUAGUUUCUUAAAUUGUAAUUCUUUGCCGAAAUUCCAAGUUCAGUUAUUAUACGGUACUAGUAUUAAUAAUAAUGAACAAAAACAGGAACAAGAGGAAAAGAGCACCUUAUCAUCCGAAACUACAACACUAGAUUUUAGAACACCAGGUGAAAAACAUUUAUAUGAAAAGUUGAGGGAAAAAUUUAAUCCUUCAAGAUUGAUUGUUCAUGAUAUAUCAGGCGGUUGCGGAGAAAUGUACGCCAUAGAAAUUGCAUCAUCUGCAUUUAGUGAACUUUCCAUGAUCAAACAACAUCGUCUAGUGAAUGAAGCUCUAAAAGACGAUAUUGCAAAGAUGCAUGGGGUGCAAUUGAAAACAUCUGCCAAGUAG